AAACGAGCCAUGGAGGCUUCUGAAUUCCUGCAGAACGCCGUUUACAUCAAUCUAGGCCAGCUGUCAGAAGAGGAGAAGAUCCAGCGAUACAGUGUGCUAUCAGAGCUCUACGAGCUCAUCGGCUUCCACCGGAAAUCAGCGUUCUUCAAACGCGUCGCAGCCAUGCAGUGUGUGGCGCCCACUAUCCCUGAACCGGGCUGGAAGGCCUGUUACAAACUCCUGCUGGAGACCCUGCCGGGAUACAGCCUCUCUCUAGACCCCAAAGACUUCAGCAAAG